CCAAGACAAGAAAAACUUUAGAUAUGGAAGGCAAGAUAGUUAUAUUCCCAGCCGCCGGCCUGAGCCAUUUGGUGCCCAUGGUGGAGCUAGCAAAGUUCAUCCUUCAUCGCCAUCCCCUCAGAUUCUCCGUCACUGUUCUCCUCCCAUAUGGCCCUUUUGCCACCCCCGCCGCCUCUUCCUACAUCCACCGCCUCUCCCAAACUAACCCCUCCAUCGCCUUCCACCACUUCUCUCACCCAUCCGAUGAUGCCUCCACCAUUCACAGGAGCAAAGAAGCUGCCUUAUUCCAAUUUCUUCAUAUCAGUGCUGCCCAUGUCAUGGAUUAUCUGCAGCAACCCACCAAAGCCACAGGUAUUUGUGCCCUUAUCGGCCACUUCUUUACCACUUCACUCCUGGACGCUGCGCGUGAGCUUGGAAUUCCCACCUACCACUUCUUUACUUCCGGCGCUUCGGCCCUUGCUUUCUUCCUCCACUUCCCAAAUAUUCAUGACCGGACCACCGAGAGCUUCAAAGACCUUCCCACCGAGGUUUUUGGCUUCCCAGGCCUGCCUCCUCUGAAAGCAACUCGCAUGCCUGAACUUGUACUUGACCGAGAUGAGGCGGGCUAUCAUGGGAUGCUGUACUUCUCACAACAUCUACCGGAAUCUAAUGGGAUUAUCGUUAACACGUUUGAAGGGUUCGAGCCCAAAGCCACUCAGGCCAUUGAGGACGGCACAUGCCUUUUGAAUAGGCCUACUCCUCCAAUUUACUACAUGGGACCAUUGGUAGGUGAAGCCCGUGAAGGCGAAGGCCAUGCUGUUACUGCAGAUCAGCAUUGUUGCUUGACAUGGCUGGACACGCAGCCAAGUAGGAGUGUGGUGUUCUUAUGCUUUGGAAGCUGCGGAACGUUCUUGAGGGAGCAGAUAAAGAAGAUAGCUAAAGGAUUGGAGAAUAGUGGGCAAAGGUUUUUGUGGGUGGUGAAAAAUCCCAAGGAGGGAAAAGGCAAGAAAAUUGAGGAGAGCAUGGAUGUCGAUCUGGAAGCAUUAUUGCCGGAAGAGUUCUUGGAGAGAACCAGAGACAGAGGAUUGGUGGUGAAGGCAUGGGCACCACAAGUGGCAGUGCUGAAUCAUCCUUCACUGGGAGGAUUCGUAACGCACUGCGGGUGGAACUCGAUGUUGGAAGCGGUGGUGGCCGGCGUGCCGAUGGUGGCAUGGCCUCUGUAUGCAGAGCAGCAACUGAACAAGGCUGUUCUGGUGGAGGGUAUGAAGAUGGCAAUUGGAAUGGAGGAGAGCAAUGAGGAUGGGUUUGUAAGUGGGGAAGAGGUGGAGAAGAGAGUGAGAGAGUUGAUGAAGGGUGAAGAGGGGAGGGAACUGAGAGAAAGAAGCAGGAAGACGAGAGAGAUGGCUUUGGCAGCUUGGAGAGAGAAAGGUUCCUCUGCCAUGGCUCUUGCCAAGUUGCUUGACAUCUGACCACAUGGCGGUGUUUAAAUAUUUUGAAAAGGAAAAUGAUUGAGAAAGAA